UUACAUUUUCUUCCAAAACCCCACUGUCAAAAUUACAGUGACAGUGAUAAGAAAGUAACAGUCGGCGCUAGAAACAGAGCCAUCAAAGUUCUUCAAGUUCUCUUGGAGCAGAGUAACAAAGAAGUGUUGUGUUCUUGAGAAGAAGAUUCGGUUCUUGAAUUUGAGAGGGUGGGUUUUGCAAAUUCUUAGCAAAGAUGAAUGAUUUGAUGACUAAAUCGUUCUUAAGUUAUGUGGAAUUGAAGAAACAGGCACAGAAGGACCUCGAAGCCGAUCUUGAUGUUGAAGCAGGCCAAGGCCAACUCAACCCAUCAGACCAAGAAAACCUCUCUCAGUUUUUCCUUGAAGUCACACCAAUCAAGAGCGAUAUGGAAGAGAUCACCAAUCUCUUGUAUGAUCUUCAGAGCCUGAAUGAAGAGGCAAAGUCGACCCACAGUGCCAAGAUCCUUCGCGGGCUUAGAGACCGGAUGGAAUCCGAUAUGGUGGCAGUGCUUCGAAAGGCGAGGAUUGUCAAGGCAAGGCUUGAAGCGCUUGAUAAGUCCAAUGUGAUCAGUAGAAAAUUUUCGGAUGCGUAUAAGGAAGGAAGCACUGUUGACCGGACCAGAAUGUCCACCACUUGUGGCUUGAGAGUCAAGCUUAGGGAUAUGAUGGACAAUUUCCAAUCUUUGAGAGAAAAGAUUGCUGCAGAUCACAAGGAAGAUCUCAAGAGGAGGUACUACAGCACAAUCGGUGAGUUGCCGUCUGAUGAGAUGAUUGAAAAGAUGAUUUCUGGAAGUUUGAAAGUUGAAUUGUUUGAGGGGAAGACGGAAUUGGAUAUGGGGAACAAAGUUAGACAUGAGGCAGUCAUGGAUAUCCAGAGAAGCCUAAACAAGCUUCAUCAGGUGUUUCUUGACAUGACUGUUCUGGUUGAGGCACAAGGUGAAGACAUUGACAAUAUUGAAGAGAAUGUGGCCAAUGCAAGUUAUUUUAUCAAUGGAGGGACAAACAGCCUUUACUAUGCCAGCCAGAUGAAGAAGAAGAGUAAGAAAUGGGUUUAUUGGGUUUGGGCUGUGGUUCUGAUUAUACUUCUGGUUUGUGUCAUUUCUACGCUGGCUUCUUGAACAGAAAAGAGUCAGAAUUUUUUAUGGGGUCUAAAAGCUGAAGUGGAUGAUAGUGUUGAGGGAUUUUAGGGGUCUGUGAAUAUUAAUAUUUCCUGAGCUUUCUGAGCUCAUAGAGUAGUUUAUCUACCGCUUUAUUGGCUGUUGCUUGUUGGUUGAGAAGAGUACUUCUCUUUGUGCAUUUUGAGGUUCUGUUAAUCGACAGAGAAUGUUAAUGAACUAGAUUUGCUUAAUUGAGUUGAGAAUUUCAAACUAGGUUUUGGUUAGUUA